AGAUGUUCCUGAAGGCACCGUAAAAAGGCUUGUUGACUCUAGUCCGGACGGCCUCGGCUCUACUUCCUGCCUGCCACAACUUUACGGAACUCCAUACAGCAGGGCAGUAUUCCCAUUAGUAGCAAUCUCACUUGAUGAACACAAAGCCGCUUGGGACUGAUCAUGACCCAGCAGAAGCAGCAAGAUUUCAUGGAGAGGUUGGAGGCGGCCCUCUUGUGGAUGCAGGCUUCCCAGGAGAUACUUAAAGCCAAUGACAACACACAGGGGCCCCUUGAUGCCCUGGAGGCCAGACUCAGGGAGACAGAGAAAAUCCAUCAGUCAGAGCAUGAAGGUCGUGUAAAGAUGGACAUGGCGCUGGUUGCAGCAGAGAAACUUUUGGAGAACGGAGAUGACGAACUGAGGAGCCACACCCUAGCAAAACUCAAAGAUCUGAAAAGCCUGUGGGAGGAGACCUCCACCUACAUCAUCCAUUGUCACAGUCGAAUUGAGUGGGUGUGGCUUCACUGGAGUGAGUACCUGAAGGCUUACGAGGAGUUUGAGCUCUGGCUGACGAGGCAGCAGCGCAUCUUGAAUGCUGGAGUGGAGCUGCAGCUGGGGUUGAAGGAGAAGCUUUGGCAGGUGGACCAUCAAAGAGUGAUAGUUAGCGACAUUCAUGGACAGGCUGUGCUGUUGGAGAGGCUGUUGAACGAGGCGGCAGCACUGCAAGACAGAACCCAGGACGACAGUGUGGAGCCCCAAACCCAGAAGAGGCUGCAGGAGGCUUACAAAGACGUCCAAGAAAGAGCUGAGGAGCGUCUGUUGCUGCUUCAGAAGAUCGCUGAGGAUCAUCAGACAUACCAAGGCAGUGUUCAGGGGUUCCAGUCGUGGCUGCUGUCAAAAACCAAGGAGUUAACUGAUCUGAUGGACAGCGAGAACACAGCUGAGAUUAAGCUCAAAGCCUUACAAGCUCUGGAUGACAGUGUGGCCGGGGAGGAGAAGAACCUUCAGCAUAUCGAGGGUGUUGCGGAGGCAGUGAGGAGCAGCACCUCUCCUGCAGGUGUGGAGGUAGUGGUGGAAGAGGCUGAGGAGCUGAGGCUUGGCUGGCAAAGGCUGAGGCAGGGCCUGUGUGAGGCUGAGGAGGGCCUGCGCUUGAGCCUGGACUCUUACAGUCACUACAUGGCCAAUUGCCAGCAGCUUGGAGAGGACAUUGGCCGCCUCAGGCAGCUGUUGCAGGGGCUGAACCAGGAGCUGGAUGAGGGAUGCGAGAUAGAGGACUGUACUGAGGAGCAGAUAGUUGGCCAGUGGAGGAAAUACACGGGUGUGAAGAAUACUCUGGCAAGGGAAGAGUCCCAAGUGGAACUUCUCAAAAGCCAGCUCAAGGAGCUCUUUAAGUUCUCAGUGGACUCACGGCAAGUUUCUGAGGAUGUCCUGGCCGUUGUCAAAGAGCAUCAGAGUGUGAAAUCUAGAGCAACCAGGCUAUGUUCAGAGUUGCAGUCAGGACUGAGAAACAUUCUCCAGGACCCGCUGCUGGUCUACACCCAAUGGAGCCACAUGGUCUCUCAGGUGUUGGAGGCAUCUGCUGAGGUUACUGACUUCUCCCAUAUUGCCAUGAUAGUCCAGAACAUAGAGCGCCUGCUGAAGGAUGGUGUCCAGUUGCAGGAGCAUUUCAGUCUGCUGCAUGUGAAGGGAGACCUGCUGGACUCUGUGUUUGGUCAUGAGAGGUCGGAUGCUUUGCAGGGCGAGCUGGGUGCUGCCAUCAAAAACAGAGAGCUGCUGCACACUCAGCUGCUGCAGAGGAAGAGCAGAUUACAGGCCUUGAUAUCAAGAACCAAGGAUUUCGGUGAAGCCUACAAGUUGAUCCACGCUAAGCUGGCCUAUCUUCAAGACCAACUGGUGGUCGCGGAUGGCCUUCACCCCGACAUUUUGGCCAAGAAAAGUCAGUCAGACCGGUAUAGGAUGAUCCAGAGGGACCUGGUGGACUGUGAAGCCCAUAUCACAGCACUGGAGACUCUGGUCUCCUCCAGUCAGAGCAACAGGACUAAUUUUGAGAGGCUGUAUGCUGACUGGAAACAUCUUCAAAAGGCAGUCAGGACAAAGGUGAAUGAGAGUGAGGAGAGCAUUGCAGUUCAUGAGAGCUUCCAUGACAGCCUGCUGAACAUAGAGAAGUGGCUGAUGAUCAUGAAGCAGAAGUUGAAGUCAUUUCACAGCUCUGCGGGACAAUGGAGCAUAGAGGGCCGCCAACAUGAAGCAGAGAGAGCACUGGGAGAAUUUCCAGAGAAGGAGAUUCAGCUGCAGCAGAUGGAGGUCCAGGGUCAGGGGGUUUUGGAGAGGACUUCAAAGGAGGGGCAGAUACACAUUCUGCAAGACAUGAAGCGGCUACGAAAGUCCUGGUUGUCCCUCUACAACAUGAGUCUCAAUCUUCACAGGUUGACAAAGAAGAUUUCUUCUUCACAAAGGCACCCCUCCACAAAAUUUGUUUUACUGAACAGCUCCAUGGAGCCGACAGCAUGGAAGGAUGGAGGCCUGUCUGUAGACAGCUCAUUCCUAACAGAACUCAGUCUCGGUGAGGAGGACAGUGAGUUCCUGGCAGGAGGCUCAAGGAGUCAGAGAGGCCAAAAACAAGAUCAGUCAACAGAGACGUUUGGAGCUUUUGCAAGCCCUGGGCCUAGACAAGGAGAUAAUCUGGAGGGAGAGGCAGGGGAGGGGGUGCUGACGGGGCGGAGUGCAUGGAUCCAGGGCCAUGCUGAAGGCCACCUCAUGCUGGCUGCACAAGAUGAUGAACAUUUCACUCCAUCAAGGACAGAGAAGGACAGUCGGCACUCAUUUAAUGGAGAUGAAAUAGAUUCCUCGGCUUUGAGCAUUCAUGGCAGCCAGGGUGUUCCCAAAGACACAGAUGAAUGGCCUGAUAAUAAAUCAACAGGGGCUGACAAUCGCAUCUUGAUUGGAGACAGAGGAGUAGCAGCAUUAACUGCAAAGGGGAACACAGGACACUGCAAAUCCAGAAGGAAUGAGUUUGAGGCGUGGCUGUGCAAAGGGAAUGAACUCCUCUCAGGGAUCCUCAGCACCAAGAGAGCAACCCUCAGUGCCAAAGAACUCAAGAUCCAACAGAACACACUUGAAGCUCUGCAGGCAGGAGUGGCCUGGGGUCAAGAGCAGUUCCAGCUGUUACUUAAGGAAAAGCAGUGCAGAGUGUCUGGUUCUGGGUCAGCAGAGGAUGUGGGUCUUGAGGAAAUUCGCUACCACUGGAUGCUCUACAAGUCCAAACUGAAGGAUGUGGGAGACAUCAGAGCUAGGAGCAAUGCUAAGAAGCCCGGGUUGUUGCAGCGGGUAUGUCGGCUGGCUUUUAUUCUAUGGGUCCCUCUACUGGCACUGCUGCUCCUGUUGUUCCUCCUGCCCCUCAUGGAUGAAGGCAACAGCUGCUCGUUCUCCAACAACUUUGCCCGAUCCUUCAACAUCAUGCUUCGCUAUGACGGACCUCCACCCACAUAACCAUCUUACAGCCAUGGCUUAUGUAGAACAUUUUAACUGUAAUUCUUGAGGUUCCACAUUCCCCUGCCCUUUGAUCAUCAUGCAUGACUAUAACACCACAAAUAACACGACACAACCUUAAUAUUUCAGUUCAAUAUAAAGGCAGUGCCACUUCAAACCCUUUGUUCUUGUGAUUAUACUCGUUUUUAAUAGUAGUUUCACUACCAGUACUCUUAAACUAAUUUCAUUAUAUAUUAGCUUUUAAAGAACUAAAGAUUAAUAUUUUUCAUCCUUUUAUAUUAUUUCUACAAGGAUGGACUUAACAUUACCUGGAGUAGCACGCACAUCUGUAAGCAUCAAAACCAACCAUUUAUGCACUCUGCAUUCAUACAUUCUUGGCUGCUUUGUCAAAUGUCUGUUCCGUUGGACUUUAAAAGCAUAUCAUACUACCUACCAUUAAGGAUUAACAAGACUGUAAUUCGAUUCUAAAUUCCAUACUCAUUUUAGGAAUUUCCAUAUACUGUAAGAUAUGACUAGCAGAUUUAAUAUUUACAACCUAAUGUCAAUUUUUAUUACUUUUUAGUUCUAUGCCAACAGUUAAAAUGUGGUCGUUAGUCAAAUCCUAAAAUCAGUGCCAGGAGUCACAUAAGCCAUUUUCAGACAUGACCUCUGAGUAAAUUGGCUAUGGAGUUUAUCCAGAGUUUGCCUUUCACACAUGCACAACGCAGUGGGAGGUUCUCUGCACAUACGCGUUCACAACAGCAGCAAAUCCUCUGCAUUAUUCAGGCGAUAGUUGGAGCAGCAGGGUGCAGCAGACAUCUCCUGCUGUGUUCACCCAUUGACUUCUGGAUUUCUACGGACUUCGUGCUGAUAAAGUCCGAGUCUCCUACAGAGAAAAUAGUCCAGUGCAUGUAUAUAGGUAUCAUUAAUCCAAGUUUCUUGUUUUACUAGCAUACUAAUUUAUCAUGUUAUGAUGAGAAACCUUUCUAAUUUUCAAUAGUGUCAAAACGAGAGGUUUUGUAAUAUAACAGAUGAAUGAUUGAGAAUGAAUUUUGAAAUUUUGUUAUAGCAAGAAAAGUGAUAACAUUUUUUUAACGUUAAAACAUAGUAACAAAAAAUAAAAUCAUUAUAAUGGGAAAGUUAAAGAUUUUAUGGGAUUGGCAAAUAUUGGUGCUUUAAACUUCAGACUUUAAGAACUCUGUAAUAUUAGCAGAUAUUUCAUAACAGCUAAUCUGCAUCUAUUUAAAGCAGACAUACUCAUUCAGGUUAAUCAUUUUAUUUUAGGUCAUUACUUAUAAAGCUUUAUAUGCUCUAAUGAUCAGAAAACACAUUGCUUUCCUUAUUCGGUCCAUUUCUGCAGCUCAUCAUAAUUUUUUGUUUAAGCUCCUGUCUCUUUGAGGCCCCCUCUUGAUAAAGGCCAGUCUUCUCUGAUUGGCUACAUUGGCUUUGUUGAGAUUGGUAAGAAAUGUAAACCCCGCUCUUGCUUUAGCUGCCUGUGUUAGGGGAUGUGCCAGACUGACAUUACAUCACAUGACAGUCAGUGAUGUUAUGUGACAUCACAAUACCCCAGACGUAUCGAAAGUGAAAAACGAUAUAAUCUUUAUAUCUAUUCAUGUUUCAGUAAAACUAAACUUGAAGCUCUUUUUAACUGUACAACCACCUCAUGAAAGCUGAUACUUUUCUUUCCUGGGGUGCUAUUUUGGUUUGAGCAUGGUGAUAGAUCUUUUUCACAGCCUAAUCCACCAGUGAAAACAUUUACAAAGCAAUCUACCUUUGCCUCUGACAUUUUUGUUGACCAGUGUGCUGUUUAUGCCAAUGCCUGAGCAAUAAUAUUUUGUGCAAACCCGCAUAUCUAUAGCUUGUAUUAAAUCUUAUAUUCCUUCUCUCUUCACACCAGGCACACUCCUAAAAGCACACUCCCAUCACCUCCACACACCAUCACAUAGACAGUUAGUUUCCCUUUUUUGGUUGUUUAUCUAUAUUACUGAUAUAGUAAUAUAGAUUUGACAUUUAUAGACAGAUACUUAAUUCAUCCCCAUGGGGACAUUUAGAUAUCCAGUAGCUUACAAAGAAGACAUUGAGACACAAAUAAGACAAAGAUCUGAUUGAUAAAAUAAAUAGAUAAAUGAUAAAUAGAUGAGGUGCAAUGAUAAAAGUCCCUAAAACAGUCCUUGGAGUGUUUGCAUAAAUCUCAUUUAGUGACUCAUUACGAGUAUCUUGAUACAGCAAUAGAGCCUUUGUGCAUUGUGCAACUUCACAAUUGUUACAGUAUGUGUGUAAGUACUUAAAUUCUGCUUCAGUUUAGACAUAAUUGUAAAUCUCACAUAAAUAAAUAAGACCCCACUGCCUAGAUAUUGCUAUGCAAUAAUAUAAUGUAGAUUCAACUUGGUUACAAAACUGCUGGUGCCAUUGUUUCAAAAAUCGAAGUUUGAGAACUAAAACUUUACCUUCAGGAGUUGUACAUGUGUGUAUAUGUUUACAUAAGCAUUUCACCUCACAUCUAAGAGGUUUCCUCAGAAGCUUCUUCAGAGGCAUCUUGAAUGAAAGGUGAAACAUCUUUAAGAAACAAAAGCAAGACCAGUUGCUUAUGCACAUAUGUAACUUAUGAAGAUACCAUGACCUGGAUGACUAACUUUCAAAUUAUAAUUCAGAUGCAGAUAGCUGCCAACAUAGACCAAGCAAAGCACAGAUAUUCAUUAGCUUGAUCCGACAUUACAUCAGAAGUGGAAACACAGAGUUAAUAUCAUACACAUUAUCACCAACAAGCCUAUGGUGUGUAUGGUAAUGAUGAGUGCUUUUAAAAUGUAGAAAUAUGCUAUAUGCAGCACCUUUAAAGUUAACAAACUUGCCACAAAUUGAAAAGCGGUAUACAUUUAUCAUGGCCUCAGAUUUUUAUGUAUGCCUAAGUCACUUGUACUCUGUGCCAUAACCACAUGUAUUUAUUCAGUAUAUAGCUUAAUAAACCACUUGUGUACUAUAUAGCAUUUAUAUAGCCAUGCUAAAUAUAAAGCUUAGUCCUGUCAUGCAUGUUAAUGUAGCAUUACAUGCUAAAUCAAGUGUCCCUUUAAAGAAGACUAUGCAAUGCCUGGACAACUUGAUAUCUUGUGCCACAAAUAAAAUGACUUGAAUAUCCUGAGCACAACUGGUCAGUGUGUGUGACAACCAAAUAGAAUAAAAGCAAAAUUUUAACGUCAGAGUUGUUGGAGUACAAAUGCAAUGCAAAGAUGACCUAUAUGCCAGUGCCUGCUGUUUGUUUUAGCUAUUGCUUAUGAAGAAGAAUGUCAAGUUAGAGCUUUUUUUGAAGAAGAAAAAGAUGAUCUUUUAUUAAAGGUUUGAAAUAGGAUAAAAAACUGUUUUAACUGUUUGAAAGAGCUUGUAUUUAAACAAUGUUAUUUUUAUUCUGAUGAAAUAAAUCUAUUUACCUAU